AUGAGCAAGUCUUUUGUCGCCCUUAAGAUAUCCGCAUGUGACGAAGCGCACGCACAAUGCGGAAGAGCGGCGGUCUGCGCCGAAUGGGAGCACGGGAUGAGACGCGGCUCGCGAUGGACGCCGCGACGCCACGUCACCGCUGCAUUCGUCUCCGAUCCCCGAACCAGGCCUAAUUGCACCCGACCGCGCGUUCUAAUCGCUUCGGAAUCUCAGCACUCUCCA